AUGUCUCUGCCGAACGGUGUUGAUGUAUCACAGCUGGUGCAGCAUCCAGUCUUAGCUGCUCUGCCGCCUUUCUUCCUGCGAGCCUCCGAGAGAUAUCAGCGGACCCCGAAGUGCGCGAGGUGCCGCAACCACGGCGUGGUAUCUGCGUUGAAGGGCCACAAGCGAUACUGUCGCUGGCGAGACUGCGUCUGCGCAAAAUGCACACUCAUCGCUGAGAGGCAGCGGGUCAUGGCUGCACAGGUGGCGUUAAGACGUCAGCAGGCUCAAGAAGAGAACGAAGCUCGAGAGCUGAACCUGUUGUACGGAGGUCAGCCGUCUGCUGGACCGCACUUUCCAGAAUUAAGUGACGAACCAGUUCAAAAACGCGCCCGAAUCACCGAGGUAUGCUCCAGUCCAUCACCACCCGAGACCCAGGAUUCCAAGACCCCGAUAAGGACUUCCCCUCUAGACUCGCCCCCUCCACGAUCUCCGUCAGACCAUGAAUUGAACGUGGAGGAAGAAUUGGAGCAUUCGGAACCUUCUCUGACGCCAGAAAAUCUGUCGCUCAAAGAAAGGCAGGAUGAGGUAAAGAAAGAGGACGACGAUAAAUGGGACAACAACUUCAAGUACAGACGUGGUAAACAGGAGGGUCACACGCCAGAGUCUCUGGAGGACACCACACCCUUCCAAAAAUCACCCGUUGAUGUCCUCAUUAAAGUAUUUCCGAGGCGGAGCAGACAGGAAAUAGAAGUCAUCCUCGCCAGAUGUAAAGGGGACGUUGUGGCCGCUAUGGAAACUAUGGUUAACGGCCCAGAAUCCUCCUACAUGACUCCAGAUUCACCUUACAUGAACUACCAGUCCAAGUCUGCGUUCUCUCCGCUCUCUAAUCACAGCUUUAAGUUCUCGCCUUCUAGAAGAUUCCUUACUCCUCCCUACAGCGGAACAGGAUAUUUACCUACGGUGAUAAGACCACCUCCAGAAUAUAUGUCUUCGUUUCUACCACCUUCUGAGCUGAUGUAUGGCAGGCAGCUGCAGGUGCCAUCUCCUGGUACUUCACCUACCUCUGAUAAUACGAAUAAUGAAGGCUUCUCCGAUUAG